CUAUUACCAACAUUAAAACUAAAGCUCGAACUUCAUUAUUUACAAAUUAUAUUAGAUUAUUCCUUCCAAUCAGAUGAUGGAACUAGCCAUUGUUCCAGUGUAGAAUCUGUUUUGGAAUUGAGGAAACCUGAUCCGGAAGAAGUACUUUUAGAACUUGGAUUUGGACCGAGAAAGAAUUCUGAAAAGAUCAAUAGAAUACCAGCUAGAUUUCUUCAACCAUCAAAACUUUUACCACACAUUGAUAUAAAUCAGUUUCUAGAAGACUAUGGAUCAAGAGGCUCUGAAUCAAACUCUAUUCCGCCUUCACCAUCAAGAACCAGAGCGAGAUCAAAUUAACUACUAUUUAUAUAAAAAAAAAUUAUUUUUUAUUUAAUUUUGAUAACAAUGACUGUAUUUCAUUUGGUUGGUUAUCGUUAUACAUUCCUAAAAACUAUAGUCUAUUAGUUUAAGUUAUUAUUGUAUUUUUAACCAUAUAGGUCAUGAUCAUUUGAUCAACAUUCCAUUAAGUACCAUGUUAGAAUUGAUUUUUAAAAAAAUGUCAUUUAAUGAUCAAUUACGUACUCUCAAUUUUCCUGUAUUUGUGAUAUUUUCAUGAAAAUGAUUUGAAGUAAUGUAGAUCUUAAUCACUAUAAUUUUAAUUAUUUUUAUAAUUUUUUACUGAACCAUACUGUAUAUGGUUGAUUUGAGGAUCCGUCCUGUUGCUGAUAGAAUUUACUGGAAAUUAUUUAUGCUUUAUUUUAGACUUAUUAAUGACAAUCACUGUAUGAAAAAUUUUAUUUUAGAAUUUACUUCAUCCAGUUUAUGUUUGCUAUAAGGUGAAUUUUUAUGAAAUAAUAUAAUGAAGGUUAUCAAUUUAUAUUAAAGGCUACUUGACCAUAAUUUUUUUUAAUCGUUUUUUACAAUUUUGAAUCCAGUCGAUUUUUUUCUGGUGGCUUUUAUUGCUUUGUAGUUAUUAACAAUUAAAGAGGUUUGUAAAAGUUAACACAAAAAACCAAUUACAUAUUUCCAGUAAGCUAAUUGAAUAUUGAAAAAUUUGUUAAACAACAGAAGGCACUUUUGAAAAGUGAACUACAAUUGUUGUAAUUUCAUAAAUCAGAUAGUGGAAUCAGUUAAUUUUUAAGAAUUAUUUAAAAGUAGCUGUAGAACAAAAAACAAUAACAAAGAGGAAGAACUGAAUGUAAUUGAGAAAAAAACAAUGAGAAUAAUAUUAGGAUCAAAAGUUACACCAAAGAGAGGUGGGGAAUAAAAAAAAAUACAAUAAAACCCCUAAAAAUAAUUUCAAAAUGUUCCAAAACUUCAAUUUGUAAGGAUUAAAGAAUUUGACUGAACAUGUAAGAAGACGAAGAUCAACAGACAAAUAGAAAAGUGAACAAAUGGAUUCAAUUGUGGCUGAUAAGAAGGAAUAGACUAAAGGGAACCUGGAAGGAUGAAAUAAAAGACAAUUUGGGAGUACUGGAUAUUGUAGAUGAUCAAUAAAUUACCAAAGUAACAAAGAAAUGUAACGAAAGCAACCUAAACUAAUGAGAAAUUAUAAAAAAAAAAAUAAUAAAAUAAAAAAACUCGAACAAAAUCUCAAAAUGCUCUAAAGCUUUAACUACUUUAAAGGUAAGGCUGCACUGCAGGAUACUUGGUGGUCACAUGGAGGUUGUAUGGUAAAGGUGGAUCAUAAAUGCAUUGUGGACGCAGUGAAAUGAAGCCAGUGUCUUCUGCCAUUGACUGCCAGGGAACUGAACUAAUCACGCUUUCCUCCAAGAUGUAAUAUCAAACAUGAAUGAUAUGAACGGAUAGACUCCAGGCGGUUCCCUAGAAUGAUUUUGUUACUCACGUUUAUAAAUAGCCGGAUGAUCGCCAGGCAGGUAUCUCCUACCAACCUUCCAACCAGUCACAGGUUCAAGAAUUGAAGAACUUGACUGGAAAUGUAAGAAGAAGAUCUAUAGACAAUUAGAAAAGUAACAAAAUUGAUUCCAUUGUGGCCGAAAAGACAGAGCAGACCUAUUGGAACCUGGAGGAAUGAAAUAAAAGACAAUUUGGCAGUAUUCGAAAAUAUAAAUGGUAUAUGAAUUACUGAAAGGGAAAAGAAUUGAAAAUUAUAAUAAAAACUGCCAAUACAAACCAGAAGCUUUGAAGAAAAUAUCAAAAUACUACAAAACUAUAUUUGCUAAAGAUUUAACUUUUUACAGGGCCUUUUAGUUUCAAUGAUAAAUUAAAUGAUGGUCAGUGUUUGUUGUGGUGCGGUUUGGUAUUGAAUCACUACUUGCUCAUUUGAAUAACUUCAUAGAGAUUGACCUUAUGGUGUCUUUUAUUAUUUUAUAUAUGUAUUUACCAAAGAACUGAAGCAUAAUUUUAGUUGUUUAUUAAAUGCCAUUUAUUUAGUUUUGUAAAUUAAUAAUAUUGAUAACCGAAUUUCUUGCCGCCACCUCCUGGUUUGGAUAAAAUUACUUAAUUUCGAAUAUAUUUAUGUAAAAUUCAUGUUUUAAUGAUCGGUAUAUCCACAAAGAACUAAUUUAAUACAGUAGACUCCCGAUUAUCCGUGGUAAUUGAGGCCAGGACCACCUCGGAUACGGGAAAACUCGGAUAAUACGAAGGUUAAGUUCAGUUAUGGUAAAAAUGACGUAAAACCCCAUGAGAGGUUACAAAACUGAUUGAUUGGAAGCAAAAGCAUAUGAUAAUCACAGUUACAGACCUGCAACCAGGUGGAAACAUAGAUUAUUUCUUAAAAAAGUCUUUGAUUGUCUUCUGAGAUAACCUGACGGUUCGACCUAGCAAAAGCCAGUAGAUGCGUCUACGCCUCGACCGCUCUUGUUACUAUAUAAACAAAUAACCAUCACCGUUCCCCGUAGAUGUCUCUCUAAGACCUUUAUUUGUUUGUUAACCUCGCUUAACCGAGAGUUUACUGUAACAAGAUACUUGCCAUUAUCAUCAUAAUAUUUAUUUCUAUGGGUUUCUUAUUAUUUUUUUUAAUGAAAUAAUAACAAAAUUACUCAUGAGUAAAUACUUUUUUCGAAUUUCGUGAUUCUGAAAAAACUUACAGUGAAAUAAACUCCUGUGUCGGUUCGUAACCCAGCAUUAAAACCCGAACUGGUUCUAUUGGUGACACGUAAACAAAGCUCAGUUUAUAUUUUCUAUAAAAUGAAAAUUAAUCGUCUAAAAAAAUAUACAGAAUGCGUCAGAGAAGUCCAUUUAUUAUUACAGACUCGAAUUUAAGAAAACUCCAUAGGUAAAAGUCCUCAAGGGUUAAAUCAGGAUUGUCCGGAUUCAAAUUCAUGUCGCCUCUACUGGAGACUAGGUUUCCUGGGAAAAUCUUACUAAACAUGUAUUGGAGUUGUGUUAAAUUGCCUUUUUAUCUUGAAAAAAGAAGUUUUGAAGCUCUAGCAAACAUUUUCACUUAAUAGAUUGAUCCUAACAAAAGUGGUUUGUGUUUUGAAUUCGUAGUACCCCAGUUGCUCCAGCUUUACGAAUUUAUGGGUUCUUCAAAGUGAAAAUGACCUUAAUACAAUUCAUCCAUCUAGUAUCCAGUCUUCUUCUUAUCCUUUUAACUUGUCUUCUAAUUCCUUUAGUGUUUUGGAAUAAACUAAUGGAAUAGCGAAGGAUUUCGCCUAGGAAUUUGUUAUUUUUUUGUGUAUAUCCGCACCCAAAUCCAAUAUGGUGGUAGUACAUACCGAGGACCGAGUAACAUAAAGAUGAAGACACAACCUCAGGGCACCAAGAGAUCGCUGGAAGGUUUGACCAUAUACUGCUGCAAUUCACAUGAGAUCAAAAAUAAAUUAAAAAAAAUACUCAAUCUGCUAAGAUAGCAGAGCUGCCAUACAAGCCAUAACGGCCGAAAAGGUGUGUUCUAAGCUAGUGGUGGAGUGUAAGAAAGUUCUACAAAAUCUAACGAGUGAUGGUUGUAAGAUCCAGUUCGUUUUAGUGCCCGGUCACUCUGGCUGACUUACUCUCUAGAGUGGAAACUCACCGAUGGUCCCAGAACCCAUCGUUGGUGUAGCUAUCACGUCUCUCAUCGGUCUACUUGCACAGCGAGCUCGGCAGAGAUGGAUAGAAACUCCUGGCACGAGACAAGCAAAGGCACACGUAGAUAUACCUUGUCCGUCUCACAUCAAACAACUUCUCCAACUAAAUGGAUGCGAAAUCCUACUAGUGACCGGACACUGUCAUCUAAGACGCAUUACGGAUGAUCCGGAUUGCCGUUGGUGUAUGGAAGAGGAUGAAAUCCCAGACCACGUUAUCUGUGAGUACCCAGAACUCACUCGAGCGCGGUUUAAACACUUGGGCAAGCUUAACAGCUUGCCUAAUGAUAAGUGUUCAAGCCAAAGCGCUUGAUCGGCUUCUUAAAGGACAUCGACCUUUGGUAACGUCAAAUGGGGUUCGACGGGCCUAUAUGAAGGGCAAUGUUCUCCAUGUUCCCUUAGCCGUCCACAAUGUAACAAUGAACGGCAAAAUACUAGAGGAAAUAAAA